ACGUAUACAUUGAAAAUUUCAGGGGCGCAGGCCCUAGAGUAGAAUUCAUAGUCUGUGAAUAUAGUUAUCGGACUUUAUCAUCUCCAUGGUUACAAAUAUCCAAACAAAUCCAGCAUGAACGUAAUUUCUACCCUUAGAUACCUUGAGCCACCCUUUGAAUAGUUUAAGGGAAUCAGAAUGUGAACGUGUUUAACAGGACAAUGGUAUAUCGGAAUUUAUUUGUUUUCACUGAAAUAACAAAUAUUUGUUUAAUAAUUUGUGUACACUCAGUGAACUUUAAUAACUUGAUUGUUUAACAAUACAAAUCAUGAACGGCUUAGGAAUCGAUCGUCAUGGUGUUGGCGGUCUUGGAACCAGUAGGUGGCUGGAAGCGAUUUGGGAACCUGGUGCUCGAAUAUAUUGUUUGCCAGGUGGUCUGGAAAUGCUUGAUAUUUCUGGCGACGGAGAUGCUAGGUUCAUCGUCGCAGAUUUGGGCACCGGUGCUGCGGAAUCUGCCAAAAUUAGAGUUUUCAAAGGAGGAGAUCAAAUUACAGAACACAGUAUGAUAGAUCCACCGUGUGGAGUUGUAGGAUUUUAUUCAGAAAACGGCGAACCUCAAUCUGCUCUAUUGGCUGUAGGAGCAGGGUCCAGCGUUUAUAUUUAUAAAAAUAUGCGUCCACACUUUAAGUAUUGUCUACCGUACAUGGAUGCGCAUCCGAAGGAACGCGAAAUUUGGCACAGAGCAGGCCUGGAAGAAGAAUUAAAUGUGUUAAGCUUAAGUGACGAACUUGAAUUAUUAUUGAAGGAAUUGGGGGCUGCAACUAUAUCACCAAGGACUCUAAAGUUUUUAGGAAUGGAUGUGAGCCUUAGAUUUAGUUUUGCUGAACAAUAUCGACGAAUACCGCUUAGUAAAGCUAAUGCUGUAACUACCAUUGAUACCAUUAGAAAAGACUCUUGGAAUGAUCCAGCUAGCAGUUGCCUUCUGAUAGGUACAGAAUCAGGAGAGAUUCUAGUUCUGGAUUCUAGAGCCUUCUCAGUAGUGGAUAAAUUACCUCUGGGCUGGCCUCCUGUAUCGUUAUUGAGCACAGGAUUGUGGGCAGGUGAUGGACAUAUAAUAGCAAUUGGUAGAGAUGGAAAAUUGGGUUCUGUAAGAAAAGGCUGUGCUUUAAGAUUAUGGGACAAACUGUCAGCACCAGCUGUUGCUCUUACAACACUUGCAGGAGAUAAUGCUGCUGUAGCAGCGAUGGAUGGUACCCUUGUAGGAUUUUCUAAAAAGGGUAUUAAAUUGUGGCAAUUACAAUUACCAGGAAUUGCUUUGGAUUUGAUUAGUUUACCGGUACUACAGAGUGGGCUUUCCUUAUUGGCUGUUAGUGUAGCUGGUUCAGGAGUUCUUCUGUAUGAUGGAAAAUUUCAUGUAGAUUCUAUCAAGACAGCAGAACCGAUAUCAGCCAUAAAACACGGCCGAAUGGGUCAAGAAGAACGAGCUAUGGCGAUGGUAACUAUUGGAGGGGGAUUAAAUGUCAAAAUUUUGAAACGUACAGCUGAUUUUAGUGUUAAAGCGUCAACAAACCCAACAAUGAAUUCUAAUAACAAUAGAUUUACGAUUCCAAAAAAGACACGAUUAUUCGUUGAACAAACAAUACGUGAAAGAUCAGAAGCUGCAAAAAUUCAUAAUGCCUUUCAGAGUGCCUUUUUACGGUUACGUUUGACAGUCGCUAGAAAAGCUGUCGAGAUCUUAGCAACAAAUCAAGAGUUUAGACCCAAUCCUAUUACGCUAGAAGCUAGUGUACUCGGGCUGGGGCCAAAUUAUUUAAUUAAAAUUUUAGUGACAAAUAUUUCGGAUGGCUUAUCCGAUACAGAAUUAUUUUUGGUAUGUAGAGAUGAAAAUGCAGACAUUAAGCCUAGGGUAAUAGAUCUACCUUUAUUGCCUAGCGGAAUACCAAUACCAGUAAGUGUAAAUGCUACCCCUAGAGGGAAGAUACCGGGAAAGGUACACAUUAUGUUGUGCAAAAUGGGUAAAGUAAAACCUAUAGCGUUAACGACAGUUGUACUUCCUGUGCCUGAGGAUGACAUAGAAGUUUAAGAUUUUGUAUUAUGUUAAACAAACUUUUGUUUCUGCCAUAUAAUUGUAUAGUUAUAUGUAUAUGGAUGUACUUUCACUUUAAAUAUAGUAUAUGUAUUUCAUGAAUUAUA